UAUUCUUCAGAAGAGGUAGUAAGACCAAAAUACAUCGACAGAGCCAGGCACUCAAAAACAUAACUGCAAUCAAGGAGGCGGCAAAGUCUGUUGUGAAUAUUUGCUUAGGCAUUUUUCUUUUUCUUUGUUAUUUAAGUAGGAGGAUGGACAAUGCUGAGGACCAAGACAAGGAGAAAUCACUAAAUGACAUCAUCCUCUAGAGAAGAGAAAUUACGGACUAUUUUGAGUAGGAGAUAAUGAGGGAUCAAACAACCAGCACUAAGAUGGAAGAUCUGCUGAGGAAAUCUCAGAUGGAGUUACAGUGGAUCCAAAGACAGCUAGCUAUGAUUGGGGCCAGAAACAGGCACCACCAGCACCUCCUCCACAUCAAGGGCAAGUCUAAAAGUGAGUUUUCAUCUCAGCAAGGUGUGGGACAUGCUGCAGUCUACAAUGUGAAUCGUUUUCGAGUAUUAGAGGAAAAAAACAGGGCACUAAAGCAGGAAGUGGUGGCACUCCGCCAAGAGAAGCAACAUUAUCGAAAAGUGAAAGCGAAGCUCCAUGCUGCCUUGCAGGAAAGAAAUCGUCUGAACCUCGAGCUGAUCAGCCACCAGCUUAGGGCAUCCAAGCAUGAGCAGGUGCGAUGCGACUAUGUCCAGCUGAGACAAACGUUUGCCACAGUGAGCCGGGAGAAAGACAAGGCCCAGAAAGAAAGGAACCAACUCCAGGCCAAAGUCGAAAAUCUGGAACAUGUGCUUAAGCAUGUGCAUGAAGCCUUACAGCUAAAACAACAGUUGCAGACAGAGUAUGAGCAAGCAUUGGUGGCCUUUCACAGCAAACAGAAAGAGAUCAGUCAGCUACAAAAGGCUUGGGAUCAAACUGACCAACAGCAUGAGGAAGCAAUACAGUUAUUAGAGGUCAAACUUUGUGACCUGGAGCAGAAAUGCAGGUCACACAGUGAUCAUUUCCACCAGCUGUCGAAAAGGCUGCCAAACAUCCGUUUGCAAUCAGAGCCUGUGGAGUUCCUUAAUAGUAAUUCUACCUUGGUGUCCCAGAUCCCGACCUCAUCAAAGGAGAAACUCUCCCAAGUCAUUGAUGAAUUUGAAGCCUGGAUGCAGAAAGGUGAUGAGAGUGCACCAAUUGCUCAGCUUCUGAUCCCUCAGUUUUCACCCUGCCCUCUGAAGACUGAAGACAGUGAAGCAUUCAAACUGCUGUCUGUCAAAUCCAGCACCGUAGCAACGGAUCGCUCCAGCAGCCCCCGACAGCAUCCCCCAUCAGAGAUGGAGGAUGAGACAAGCUCAUCACCAAGGUCCAAACCUCGCUACACAGGCCAGGUCCGCCUUUGCACUGCCCGUUACAGUUAUAACCCUUAUGAUGGACCGAAUGAACAUCCUGAAGCAGAGCUCCCUCUUGUGGCUGGAAAAUAUCUAUACGUGUAUGGAGACAUGGAUGAUGAUGGCUUUUAUGAAGGGGAGUUGCUGGAUGGUCAAAGAGGACUUGUUCCUUCCAACUUUGUUGAAUUUGUCCAGGAUAAAGAAAAACUAAUUGGAGAGGGAGCGGAAGACUUAGGCCCUCUGGAACACACAUCCCUGGUCCUGAUGACCGUGGAUGGAGGUGCCUCCCAGGAUGUAAUGCUAGGCUCAAGUAAUUCCCUUGUUCCAUGUAGCAAUGGGACAGGGGGGACUUUAGAUCCUGAGGACUUAGCUGAGGAUGUUGUGCCUUACCCCCGUAAGAUAACCCUCAUCAAGCAGCUGGCACGUAGUGUUAUUGUGGCAUGGGAGCCUCCAGUAGUGCCUUUGGGCUGGGGGAACAUCUCUGGCUACAACGUAUUAGUCGAUGGGGAGCUUCGUGCCAGUAUACCAUACACCGGCCGGACCAAGUGCUUGCUGGAAAAGCUGGACUUGGACAGCUGCAUUUAUCGUGUCUCCGUGCAGAGUGUCACUGACCGCGGCUUGUCGGAUGAGCUCCGUUGCACCGUGCUGGUGGGAGCCAACGUGGUGGUGGCACCAUGCGGCAUGCGGGUGGAUGACAUCCAGCGGGACACUGCCGAGCUCUCCUGGCUGCCUAGCAACAGUAACUACAGUCACACUGUGUACUUAGAUGGGGUGGAGCAUGCUGUAGUAAAGCCUGGAAGGUAUAGACUACGGUUCCACAACCUGAAUCCCCUAACGGUGUAUAAGGUCCAAGUGGUGGCACAGCCCCAUCAGGUGCCAUGGCAACUGCCUCUGGAGCAGAGGGAAAGGAAAGAAGCUGGAGUGGAGUUUUGUACUCAAGCAGCAGGCCCAACACCAUAUUGCAGAACAGGUCCCCCGAUGCCCCCACAGGAUGUUCAGGUGCUCUGUGGGCAGGCUCCAGGGGUUCUGCAAGUCUGCUGGAAGCCUCCCAUCCUCUCUCCAACAGGCACAUCUAAUGGGGCUAAUGUUGUUGGCUAUGCAGUCUGCACUAAAGGACAAAGGAUAGCUGAGGUGCUGUUUCCAAUGGCAGACUAUGUCACUAUUGAUCUGACAAGAAUUCAAUGCCUGGAGGCCAGAGAAGUCAUUGUUAAGACACUGUCAGUCCAGGGAGAAUCCCAGGACUCCCAAGUCGCCGUCAUUCCAAACAACCUGCUUGUGCCUCUACCUGCCCUACCCCUGCCGCCCCCAAUGCACCCACACGCGGGCCCUCCUCUGCACCCUCAUCCUCAACCUCACCUCCCAUCUCCUCACCUUCCUCACCCCACACCCCAACUUCCGCCUCCACCUCAUGGGCAACCUCAUCCUCCACAUCCACAAACCCAUCCCAGACUUCCUCAUCCAGGCGGAACCCCGCACCCCCAACCACAGCCCUUACACCUGCAGCCUCGCCCUCUCCACCAGGGUCCCAGGCCCCAGCACCAACUGCCUCUGCUCCCCCACCCUCUGCCCCACCCUAUACCUCAGAGACCAGUAAGUGCCAGAGACCUGGAUGCCAAAGAGCACACCGCCCACCAUGGAGGAGCUAUUCCGCCUGGCCAGCCUGGCUGGGACCCAAGCCGAUCACCUUUGCAGCCUCCUUUGCCCAUGCAAGGCCACACUCUGGAGGCCCCUCCCCCUGUCCAUUUGCGUUCCCCUUCCCCUCAGAGGAUUCUUCCUCAGCCCCAAGGCACGCUGAUCCCAGAUACCGUGGCCAAAGCUAUUGCUCGAGAAGCAGCACAGAGGGUGGCAGCAGAAAGUGGCAAGGUCUGGAAAGAGCACCACACAAAUGUUACACAAAAUAUUGCAGGAGACAGAAGGAUGGGGAGAUUUGGAGAGCAGGGUCAUUCAUUUCACCAGCAUCCCUCUGAUGAGGAAGAGGAAGAUGAGGAGGGAUUUGCACGAGGACGUCGGAGAGGACCCUCAGUUGACGAGUUUCUCAGAGGCUCUGAGUUGGGAAGGCCGCCUCACUAUAGUCACAAUGAAGAUUAUCACAGCGAGAGCAGCCGGGGCUCUGACCUGUCUGACAUCAUGGAGGAGGAUGAGGAGGAGCUGUACUCUGAGAUGCAGCUGGAAGAGGGACGACGACGCAACUCGCACAACACACCCAAGACAAACAGUCCUGGUGGAGUCCGCCAUGACCGGGACAAUGGCAGGCGAAUUCAACAUGGUGGAUCACAUCCUAAGAGGCGACCUCUAAUGGUCCCAUCCAUUGAAGUAACCUCUGAGAAUAACAAUGAGGGAAACCCCUCCCCCAUCAACGAAGAUGUUAACUAUGGCAGAGUAGCUCGACACAAGGCGUGGUCAUCCCGCAGGCACACGGGCGGCAUCAGGUGUCCCCAUGACGGCUACCGGAAUCGGGACCGACGCUCUCCAACGUACUAUGACGAGUCAGAGCCUGAGGAACCUUUUCGGAUAUUUGUGGCGCUCUUUGACUACGAUCCUCUGUCUAUGUCCCCCAACCCAGAUGCUGCAGAUGAGGAGCUACCAUUCAAAGAAGGGCAGAUAAUUAAGGUUUAUGGUGAUAAGGACACAGAUGGGUUUUACAGAGGAGCAAUAAAAGGCAGGAUGGGGCUUCUCCCCUGUAACAUGGUGUCCGAGAUACGAGCAGACGAUGAGGAGACCAUGGAUCAGCUCAUCAAGCAGGGCUUUCUGCCUCUCAGCACCCCCGUGGACAAAAUAGAGCAGAACAGACGAGGUCUCCGCCGAGAUCAGGCCUCAAGGAGGAUGGUGGCGCUCUACGACUACGACCCCAGAGAGAGCUCCCCUAAUGUUGAUGUUGAGGCUGAGCUGACCUUCUGUGCUGGUGACAUCGUUGCUGUUUUUGGAGACAUUGAUGAAGAUGGGUUUUACUAUGGUGAGCUCAAUGGCCAUCGUGGCUUGGUGCCCUCUAACUUCUUGGAAGAAGUGCCUGAUGAUGUGGAGGUCUAUCUGACCGACACCCCGUCCCACUACCCCCAGGAAGAACCCGCCAACCGGCCCCCUGUAAACUCCGCUGCAAACGUGUCAGAGGGAAAACGGGUCACUGCAGAAAACACAGACACGGCCAACAACAUUACAACCCCUGUCCGGGCGCCGUCCCCAAUCGUUCGCCCCCUCCUUCCAGGAACUAUGAGACCGCUUAGCCCUCCAAGGGGUCACCAUGUUCCGCUGGACCCCAGGGACCCUCAAGAUCUGGCAAACAAGAAGAAGAAAGGAAUACUUUCCAAAGGAAAGAAACUGCUAAAGAGACUCUCUCCUGUGAAACAACAAUAAUGACAAUAUUUAAUAGCAUAAAAUCCUGUUCGUAUAUCUGUGGGGCUCUGUACAUAGCAUCCAUACAAUCAACUGUGAUGUGACAGUACAUUACAGAGUGGGCAUGUGACUCACCUCCUUGACUGCGUGAGCCUAGCAAGUGAUACAAAUAUGUUCAGUGCUGGAUAUAAAACACAUGAAUUUUGUACAGUGGAGUGCCAAAAUCAAGAGUGAAGUGACUUUCAAAAACAAAUGCAUAUUACUGUGAUAUUACUGUAUUUCAAAUUAAGGGAUGCUUUAUCUAAAAUGAAAAACUAGGAUUUUCAUGACAUGCAUUUCUACUAUUUUCUUCACUUUUAACCCGCUAUGGUACCAUUGUGCCCUCAAGUAUAAAAACUUUGAAUGGUUCAAUACUUUAAAAAAGAGGGGCAUUGUCAAGGAAUCAAUAACAGUGCUUUAAUUUGCCAUUUCCCAAUCAUUUUUAUCAGUUUUUAAAAGGAAAGAGUUUCAUUAUCUUGCCCCUCAAGAUAUCUACAUUCCUUCAUGGAAAAAAAGGUUAACACUAACAGGCAUAAAACCUUAGUUUUAAUAGUUUAAAGCAGUUUAUUUGCUAUAAAAUUAGCUUGCAAAAAUACAUCUGGUGCCCUAAGGACACAAUGUAUCAUCAUAAUCAAUUGCAUAAUGUUACUUUAAGUUCCAAAUUAUUAUAGGAUCACUAUGGCUGCAUUCAAACUUAGUAGUAGUGUGUAGUUAGGUAAUGUCAAAGUCAAAGUAACGUUGUUUUAUCUUGAUUUGAUUUGAUGCUGUCAGACAAAAUCCUUGCAUCUCUCAAAAUAGAACCUUUUAGAAAUUUAAAAAAGAAAAUGUCAAAAUGUAAGUUUUAUACUGUUUGAUCAAAGUCACAGUUUUUGAUACCUUAAUGGAAAGUUAUUAGUGAUACCACAUACAGAUGUGAUCCAUAGAGUUGAUUUUCACAAGGAAACAAAAAGACAAAAAUGGAUGCAGGAUUUUUUCUUGACAGUAGCAAAAGAUGUCAGGUUAAGACAAAGUUCAGGCUACUUUUAUGAUUUGUCAGCCAUAUUCUACUAUUACAGUGAACUUUGUCCAUCUUUAUUUAAUGAGAAUUUCCAUGCAUUUUGGUUCAUUUGCCAAAUGAAUCCAGUUUUACUCUAUACCUCUUGUAGGAAGAACAGAUAAUAUUUAUGGAACCCAGAAUAGUCCCUGCUAUGGUAGAGACUAAUGGGGAUGCUUACAUAAACAAAUAAACAUUACAGGUAAACAAGUAGUGAUAAAAAUGUUCUGUGAGAAGGCAUGCAAGGAAAAGAGAGACUGGUAAGGAUGAGAGUAAGAAAUAUUAUGAGCCUAUGGUAGAGAAGGUGAAAGUACAGGGUGGUGUACUUAUGGCACAGAUUUGUAACCUUUUUCAUUCAGUUUUUAUAUUGAUUUAUAUAUGAAAUGCCAUGUAUUGUAAGCCAUGGAAACCAUGUAGAAUUUUAAUUAUGUUGUAAUCAUGAAGUAAAUUAUGUUAAAUUAAAUUAAAUACUGUAUUCCCCCCCUGUGCAACCUUAAAGUCCAAUGUUGGCAACAUUCAAAAUAUUCUUAAAUUAUUUCAAUUAUUAUUUAAAAACAAUCAAUGCUUAUAUAUAUAUAUAUAUAUAUAUAUAACUAGAAGUAUAAUGUGUACCAUAGAGGGUAAAUCAAGCCAAACUUUGCAUUUAUUCUUUUCACCAGGAAAGAACAUCUGUUCCUUUAGAGGAAAUCUUUAUUACACUAUACUGUUAUUAUGCGUUGUGUGGAGCAAUGCUGACUACAAAAUAUAAUCUUUUUAGUGCAAUAUUUUAGAGAUGUGGUAGCAUAUAUUUGGAAAGGAGACACUUUUAUUUGUGACAAGCUCUCAUUCAGAAGUAAGCCUGUUCAAAUGAUGAAGGAAAUUUGGAGAAAAGACAGCAGAUUGGCAUCAGGGCAUUAAACGCCGGGCGAGCGCAGCCGUCUCAGUGGCCUUUUUGAACACAACACAAGCACGACAUUCCUUGUUUUAUUACAAGACUGACUUACAAAAGGUUUUUGUUUCACGACUGAUCACCUGUGCUUUGUCACUUCUAGGAUAAAUAAAUUACAGGAGUUUUUUUUUUUUGUUUUCUUUGUCUUUGCUGUCAACCUGUCAUGAAACGCCUAGUUCAAUAGAAAAUUCUGUGUCUAUCUUCUUAUUGCACAAAGUGGAUGUUUUCUCUGAUUGGAUAAAGACAUAGUUCGUGUGCCUGUGGACAUGUGAUACAUUUUGUGUUUUGCACUUUUACUUUUACCUUUUUUUAUUUCUAUAGUAAUAUUCUGCUACUCUCUUUGAAUGCACUGUUGUUGAUAUUGCGCAGAUAUACAGUGAGUGGGACACAGAAACCACAUAAAAAAUUAUAAAUUAACAAAAAAAAAAAAAGAUUCAAGGCAUGCAUUGCCCUUUGAUUUCAUCAUCAUGUCUGAAGAAAUAUUGACUCAUUUACUCUGAGUUUUGUAUAACUUAGUUGUUUUACUUGCACUUUACCUACAUUAAAGAGUAUACUACACCAGAUUACAUGUAAGGAAGCUUAUAAAUGCGAUUACUUAAGAAUCUGGUACAAAAUAACCAGAGAUCAAUUCCUGGGAUCUCUGUUCACGAAAAAUGCAGGCCAAAAACAUUUGCAGGCGUACAAUGACCUUGAAAUUUAUAAGUACCCCUGGUAAAGAUAUCUAAAAAGCAUAACAACAAAUAAAUGUAUUUCAUUAUUAUAGUUUCACACAGAAUACACUUUUUCACUGCUCUGUCAGUAAGAUUUUGAGAUUUAUUUUUUCCACCUUACUGUGCAUGUUGGAAAUAGAAAUGUAUAUCCUGGGUUGGAGUUUUUGUCAAAGUUACAGUUGUUUUCAACUUUUUAAUUAUCACUCUGAUUGUAGAUAUGGCCAACUUCAGGCACGUUUCUGAAGCCAUUCAUUUAAUUAUUUAAAAAGAACAGUGCACAUCUCCUGAAUUGAGUAUUUUCUUCUCUUCCCCACUUUGAAGAAUUGCUAAUAGAAAAAAUUGAAAAUAUGACAGAGCUUUUGUAAUGAAUAUCAUAUUCAUACUCCAGAUAUAAAUAUGAACUCUUGAAAUAUUCAUUUGAAGCUAACUUUCUGAUUAAGUGAAAAAAUAGUGCACCAGCAACGAAAGAUUUUUAUUUUUUAUUCACUAUAAAACAAAAAUUUAAAACUUUGGUGCCAAAACACUGGAAGGGACUGUAUGAAUUUAUAAUAUUUGAGCCCAACAUUUAAUUUUCUUCUCUGAUCACAUUUUAAAAUUCAAAUCCAAUAACAUCUGAUAAUCCGACAUCUAUGUAAAUUAGAAUAGAUUUGCAGCAACACUACAUUAACAAAUAAUAAAAUCCUGUUUUUUGUUACUUUUGAUGGAAAGACAGCUUAAUACAAACACAGAUUAAACCAUUGUCCUACCUCAGUUUUUGAUUUUUAUUGAUACAUUAUGUAUUCAUUUGUCGAAAAUAUAGUGAAAAGUUGUUUUUUUUCAAUAAUAUGCAUUUUUCAAGAAACUGCAUGCUAUAUAAACAAUUUUCCAUCAUGAAGAUGAAAAGUGGUUCUCAAAACCUGAACUCCUGGUAAAAAGGAUUGAGUCACAGCUUUAAUUGAAGAAAACUUUACCAUCUCCCAAUUGUCUUUAUUUUGUAUUUGUGGUUGUACUUGAAAGAGCUUAUUGUUUUCAUCAGGUUUCUGUUUCUCAUUCUUUCUCCACAUUGUUACUGGAAUGCAUUGACUGCAGAAAGCAUUUGACUGGUGGCAAAUUUCCAUUUUUCUGUUCUAAUGUUUCUCUUUGUACAGUUUUAACUCUAAUCUGUCAGAAAUACUCAAAUGAGACGGUCAUAAAACCAAAAUAUUCACCUGUGAAUGGGUGUAGUGUCGCCAAACGCUGUAGCUCUUUUGUACUUUGAUCCAUUUGUAGAUAAUUUCUAAAUGUUUCUACUUGAUUUUUUUUCAAUAGCCUUUUAUUUUUAAAUUGCACUGAAAGUUCCUCUCUGUGUAAAAGACUUCAAGCAUUCUCCAUGGUGUCCUUUGAAAUCACAUGUAUCAGUCCACCGUACGUGCUUGCUUUGUGAAAAAAGAGAAAUCAUUAUAGAUGGUAUUUAUGAUAAUUAUGUGUGAGUGUACAUGUGGGAAAAUACAUCUUUUAUAACCAAAUUAAAUUUGAU